AUGGAGGAUAAGAACGCUGCUGAGGGCAAGCAGGCCCGUCUCCCCGCGGUCUUCGAGGACGUGGCAGAAACAGCUGGGUUUCUGGACGGUGGUGCUGCGUGCGCUGAGGCGCAGCCGCCGCCAACACAGGUCGUCGAGCAGGAAGGGACGGUGGAGGUCGUCGACGAGCAUUCGGACCGUGAGACCGACGUGUGUGUUCGACGUGAACACCGACGACAUGGACACAAACUGGCCGCAAGAGCUUUGGGGCCAUGGUACGGAGACGGUGGUUUCGGCUCCCUCGAUGCGUGGCGCUCCUGCGGCGGCCGUCGAGGCGGAAUUGGAGAUCUCGCAGGAGUUUCCCAAGAGGGGCCAAUUCAGUUCCUGCGCUGA